UCGGGCGACUCGCAGGGGCUGCGGGGCGCUGCGGAGCCCGCGCGAUGGCCGGGUGGCCGUGGGGCGCGCCGGGCGGGAGCUUGAGGGGCAACGGGUGCGCGCUGUUCAACGCCUCUCUGCUGGCGCCCGGCGGCGGGGAGGGCGCGUGGCCGCGACCCUCGUGGCUGGCCUCCACGCUCGCCUGCAUCCUCAUCUUCACCAUCGUGGUGGACAUCCUGGGCAACCUCCUGGUCAUCCUGUCCGUGUAUCGGAACAAGAAGCUGAGGAACGCAGGAAAUAUAUUUGUGGUGAGCCUAGCAGUUGCGGACCUGGUGGUGGCUGUUUAUCCAUACCCCUUGGUGCUGACAUCUAUAUUUAACAACGGAUGGAGCCUAGGAUAUCUGCACUGCCAAGUGAGUGGUUUCCUGAUGGGCUUGAGUGUCAUUGCCUCAGUAUUCAACAUCACUGGAAUCGCCAUUAACCGCUACUGCUACAUCUGCCACAGUCUCAAGUAUGACAAACUGUACAGUAACAAGAAUUCCCUCUGCUACGUGUGCCUGAUAUGGAUGUUGACCCUUGUGGCAAUCAUGCCCAACUUGCGUAUCGGAACCCUGCAGUAUGACCCAAGGGUCUACUCCUGUACGUUCGCCCAGUCUGUCAGUUCAGCGUACACCAUCGCGGUGGUGGUUUUCCAUUUCAUAGUUCCUAUGAUCAUAGUCAUCUUCUGCUACCUAAGGAUCUGGAUCCUGGUUCUUCAGGUCCGACGGAGGGUGAAACCUAUCAACAAACCCAGACUGAAACCACAGGAUUUCAGGAACUUUGUCACCAUGUUUGUGGUUUUUGUACUUUUUGCCAUUUGCUGGGCUCCUCUAAACUUUAUUGGUCUCGCUGUGGCCUCAGACCCUGCCAGCAUGGUUCCCAGGAUCCCAGAGUGGUUGUUUGUGGCCAGUUACUAUAUGGCAUAUUUCAACAGCUGCCUCAACGCAAUUAUAUAUGGACUGCUGAACCAAAAUUUCAGGAAGGAAUACAGAAGAAUUAUAGUUUCACUGUGUACGGCCAAGAUGUUCUUUGUGGAUAGCUCGAAUGAGGUCGCAGACAGGAUUAAAUGCAAACCCUCUCCAUUAAUGAUCAAUAAUAACCUAUUAAAGGUGGACUCUGUUUAAAAAAGCAAAGAAUUACCAGCAAGAUAUGCAAACUGCUCAGAGUCUUACUAAUUUUCAUGUUUGCUUCCCUUUGGACAGAUGUCGAGAAAAUAGUGUGGUUGAGAAAAUUUAAUACUCUCAAGAGGUUGCCUCUAUAGUUUCUGAACUAAUGUGAUAUUGGCCGUCUG